AUGCAGGACACCCUAACGACACCGACACUGUCAGCCCGUAGCCGGUCCUCAGUCUCCACCCAGGACCGGUCCUCCACUGUAGGGCAAGCUUCAAACACAGGCCAACCACCCUCAAAGCCAUCAGUUGUGACACUCCCUGCAAAGUCCAAGAACCCCAAUUCUGGGGCCAAGUUGCGUCGGAUGCGCCGGAUCAUUGCUGAGGAUGCUGAAUGGUCACUGGCCAUUGUGCCCCUCCUCACUGAGCUCUGCAUUCAGCACAUUGUCAAGAACUUCCAUAAAAACCCUAUCCUGAAGCAGCUGCUCCCAGAGCACCAGCAGAAGGUCCUGGACCACCUGCCCCCAGACCUGCCGCUGGCUGUGACCGCCAACCUAAUAGACAAUGAGAGCUACUGGCGCCGCUGCUGCAUGCAACGCUGGCCUGUGUGCCAUGUGGCCAGGCAUGGCGGCAGCUGGAAGCGCAUGUUCUUUGAGCGGCACCUGGAGAACCUGCUAAAGCACUUUAUCCCAGGCACCACGGACCCUGGGGUGAUCCUCGAUCUGCUGCCGCUCUGCAGGAACUACGUGCACAGAAUCCAUGUGGAUCAGUUCCUCCCACCUGUGCGGCUACUGCCCCAGCCCUGGCCAGGGGACCAGUCAGACUCAGGCAGCGAGGGAGAGAUGGAGGAGCCAGCCAUAGGCCACUACCAGCUGGGUGAUCUGGUGGCUAGCCUGAGCCGCCUGGAGGAGCUGGAUCUGGUGUAUGGUGUCAAAGACUGUGGCAUGAACUUCGAGUGGAACCUCUUCCUCUUCACCUACCGUGACUGCCACUCCUUGGCGGCCACCAUCAAGACAUGCCACACCCUCAAGAUCUUCAGGCUGACCCGAAGCAAGGUGGAUGACGACAAGGCACGCAUCCUAAUUCGCAGCCUCCUGGACCACCCAGUCCUUGAAGAGCUAGAUCUGUCGCACAACCUCAUUGGGGACCGUGGUGCACGCGGUGCUGCCAAGCUGCUGAGCCACAGCCACCUGCGUGUGCUCAACCUGGCCAACAACCAGGUGCGUGCGCUUGGUGCCCAGUCGCUGGCUCACGCUCUGGCACACAAUACCAACCUCAUCUCCCUCAACCUACGCCUCAACUGCAUUGAGGAUGAGGGCGGCCAGGCACUGGUCCAUGCCUUGCAGACCAACAAGUGCCUCACCACACUGCACCUGGGUGGCAAUGAGCUGUCUGAGCCCACCGCCACGCUCCUCUCCCAGGUGCUCUCCGUCAACACCACGCUCACCAGCAUCAACCUGUCCUGCAACCACAUUGGGCUGGACGGCGGGAAACAGCUCCUGGAAGGCAUGUCAGACAACAAGACCCUCCUGGAGUUUGACUUGCGCCUGUCAGACGUAGCCCAGGAGAGCGAGUACCUCAUUGCCCAGGCCCUCUGUGCCAACCGAGAAGCAGCCCGCCAGCGGGCCUUGAAUCCCAGCCACUUCAUGUCACCGAUCACUGCCAGUGGCCCUGAGAACUCUGUGGGCUAA